CCAUCAUGGCAGAUGAAAUCCUUUUCACCAACAUAGCGGCUUCUGACAACAUGGCAGAUCUGGAUGUAAUGAAUGGUCAUGAGGUCCCAUUGACAGACUUGCAGCAGCUGGAGCCCAGUUGUUUACUCAUCUUCAUUAUAGCUGGCAAAGUAGUCAUGAACAUCUUCAUUUUUGGAGCCAGGCACCGGAAUGUGACUGCCAGCUUCCUGGGCUAUUUCUGCAUCUCUCUUGCUGCUAUGGACUUUGCUCUCUUACUUGUGAUUGCUUCCAUCCACUACUUCCAGGACUUCUCUGUUGUAGGAGUGCGGUUCACCAGUUACCACAUUUGUCUAUUCACCCAGAUUGUAUCUCACACGUAUGGUAUAUUGCACUUUCCGGUUUUGUUGGCAUCGGGGCUGGAUUACUACUUGACUAUUGUGAAGUCUAUAAAAAUCUCAUGGAUUUGCUCUGGACUGGUGUAUACCGUUUCUGUACUGCUAUUAUGGAUGAUGGCCUUUAUCUAUGUUCUUCAAUCUCAUGUUAAGAAUCCAGCAGUGGAAAGCUAUGACUCGGCAUACCUGUGCACAUUCUACAUUAGCAGACAAAGUUUCUACUUAUCGGCUGCCCUGGUUUUCACCCUCUUUUCCGUGCUUGCUGUGUGCUGCUGGGAAAUUGUGUCCUUUAUAAAAUCACUGAAGGUUGUUUCUUAUGCUAAUAGCACCGUUGUAUUGUUCUCAUUCCCCUCUGGAGACCAGUGGCCCAUUCAAGGCCAAAAACGUUUCUUGGCUUCCCUCUUGUUCUCGUUUUUGGGCACGUGGGGUCCCUUUGUUGUUCUACAGGUGAUCAUAUUUGCGUUGUGUGCUCACAUCCCAGCAUAUAUGGACAUGAAUGUGCCUUGGCUAUAUUUUAUGAACAGUUUCCUAAUAGCAGUGUGUUUAGCACUAAAGUAUCCUGACUUACCAGUCACAGAGAAGACUUUUUCUACAGACCCAUUUAUUGGUUGGAAAUAUUGUGCCCUGCCUUUCAUGGAUGCUGAUCUCAACAAAGGAAUUUCUUUACUGCCAUCUGCAGUUACGAUUGUUUGA